GGAGAUGAUUAGACAGACAGACAGACAGACAGACAGACAGACAGAUAGGCUAAGAGAAAGACAUCAUGGACCUUGGUAUGCUGCUCCUGCUGGUACUCAGCAGUGCCGUCUGCCACAGCGCGGAGUCGACGUAUUAUGGCGGGACUGUGCGCUGUACAGUACCGGGAUACAUGCCCCCAGACUCGAAAUGGACAGGAGAGGUACAAUUCCACUACCGUGAGAAUGGCAGGGACAGGUGUGAACAGCAGUUCUCCUGGGAGUGCACCAGCGGCUACUGUAAUGGCAGUGCCAACCGACAAGGACCUGUCGUGCAGACCACCGACAAGGACCAGUCCGGCCAAAACCUCUGGUGCCAGUCGGAGGGACACUUGACUAGAAACUUCACUAGGGACCAGAAAACCCAAUCCUACACCCUGAGUGACUCAGGUUGCUGUUGGGGCUCCAAUGUCAAUGGAAAGACCAACUGGACAAUACACACCGAGGUGGAUUUGGGGUUACGGGUCAGCCCGGGGCCUCCAACUCAAAACACACCUCCUGUCACGGCAACUGUCCCAACCCUGCGAGUUCCUCAGAACUGCUUUUCCACUCUUCCUCUCUUGGCCUAUGACCCGGAUGGAGAUGACGUGAGGUGCCACUUCCCUGUGAAUGUCGCACACCCCAACAUUACACUUGACAGGGUCCAGUGCACUCUGCAUGCCACGGGCCGGUUGGCUGUAGGGUUGCAUGUAUUUGAGGUGCUGCUGCAGGACCAUCCCACUGUAGACGUCAACAUGACGGGAUAUAAAUCUAAUUAUACCAGAAAGGCCCUGAACGAGUCCUAUGCCAGUAACCCGACUCCGACCCCGUUCAGCCGCGUGCCCUUGCAGUUUGCCGUGGAGAUCCAGCCAGCUCUAUCCAACUGUCUCCCUGGCUACAUACGACCACAGUUCUUCACUCCAACACCUUCACAUGGGGAUGUCCAUCAUGCCGCUGUGGGUCACCUGUACCAACUCGAAGCCCGAGUAAAAACCGCCCAUGCCAAGACAUUUGACUUCCAGGUCAGCGGCCCUUCCAACAUGACCAAGAAGAUCAGGGAUGAGGGCUUUGGUGUCACGAGGCUCUUCCUGGGCUGGAUCCCGCAGGAAAGACACCUGAGACAAAGCAUUCCCAUCUGUUUCACUGCCGAGACAAACGAGAGCCAGUCAGAGAUGAGAUGUGUGGUUGUGGUGGUGGCCAAAGCCCUCGCACUUACAGGUGAGGCGAAUGUUUCGUGCACAGACAAUAGGAUCAGCAUUGCUGUGAGCAAGGCCUAUCUGCCUGGGGUGGACAUGAAGUGGCUGCGGCUAGCCGACUCAUCCUGCUCCCUAACCUCCAACCAAACACACAUCAUGGGCACCAUGUCACUCAAAACCUGUGGCACAAAGAUGGAGGAUGCAGGUGACUUCAUGGUGUUCAAAAACGAAAUAAACUCCUUCGACGCGGUCAACGCGACCAUCACGCGACGUAACCGGAUCAACAUCGGCUUCUCCUGCCGGUAUCCCAAGACCGUCAGCAUUUCCAACUAUUACCAGAUCCACAGCUCCAACUACAUGUUCACAGAGUCCAACUUUGGCAGCUUCGGCUACACCUUUGAGGUCUUCAAGGACAGUAAGUUCACCCAGAAGGUGGAUCCCAGUGCUUACCCAGUGAAGGUGAAGCUAAUGGACAGGCUGUACAUGGGCAUCCAGGCCCAGGCCGAUCUGCCCAAGGUACAGCUGUUGGUGGAGUCUUGCAAAGCCACUCCGGAUGACAGCGCCAGCAGCAGUCUCUUCUACGACCUCAUCAAAGACGGGUGUCUAAAGGACGAGACAGUCAAGGUUUAUCCCGGGAACCGAACCCAAUUCUACUUUGAGGUCCAGGCCUUCAAAUUCACUGGGAGCUACGACCAGGUGUUCCUCACCUGUACCGUCAUCCUGUGUGAGGUAGGAAACCCCAACUCUAGGUGUGACCAGGGCUGCCUGACCAAAGCCUCGCGGAGGCGCAGGCGAGAUCUCCCCAACGGAGAGACAGACAGGCACUACAUUACCCAGGGUCCUUUCCGUGUGGUCAGAGAGACCCAGCCCAGUGCAGACCAGAAGACAGGUGCAGGUGAAAAGACCCGUGCAGCUCCUGUUGUAGAUGUGGAAGCUACAUAUUUUCUCAGAUCGGACAUGGGAACCAUAGUCUUCGCCGGGCUGUUCAUCAUGACCUUGAUUCUGCUGACAGUGGUCGUGGUCUAUUUUUUGAAGAAGAGCAGAGCUGAAGAACACGAGGCUCUCAUUGCAUAUGAUUAGAGAAAUGUAACUGGAUUUGUGCCUGACCAGGGUCACUUCUGGUUUCCCAAACGUAAAGCACACCUUUCUUUUAGUUUUACUUUAAACAACAAAUUAACACUAGUUUACAUACUGAAUACAGUAACAUUACUACACAAAUUAACACUAGUUUACAUACUGAAUACAGUAACAUUACUACACAAAUUAACACUAGUUUACAUACUGAAUACAGUAACAUUACUACACAAAUUAACACUAGUUUACAUACUGAAUACAGUAACAUUACUACACAAAUUAACACUAGUUUACAUACUGAAUACUGUAACAUUACGACACAAAUGUAGUUGGUUCAUUCUUAUUCACUUUUCUGUGAUAUAGACAUUUGGAUCAACUGUUUGUUGCUCCUGACUCAAGAAAGUGGAAGAAAUUGGUUGUUGUUGAGAAUCCUGUUAUGCAAAUAAGUCUGUAUUGAUUACAUACAUUUUAGGCAAAAGUACUCUUUUAUACUGUUCUCUGCCUCACCACUCAUUCAAACAUGAUUUAUUGCUUUAAAGGGGCAAUCAUUUUAUGACUAAUAAAUGUAUGAUAUUUGUUGAUUCUUGAAUAUUUAUAAAUUCCUCAUGAGUUUAGUUCAAGUGUUGUACCCCCAUCAGAACCCAAAAUAAAUGCUUGUUUUACUUCAA